AUGCGGAUCCAUAGGCUGGCCGCGGCGGCGGCGCUGCUAGUGCUGCUGCUCGUCGUAGCUGGGGCGGCGGCGGUUGCGGGGGAUGUGGGGCCGGAGGAGAUCGCGGGGAAGGCGAGGGCCAAUGAGGAGGAGGCGGUGCUCGCGACCGAGCUCGGGAAGCUCAGGGCCAAGGUCGCCGCCCUAGAGGCGAGCAUCGUCGCGAUUACCCUGGAGUGCACUGAAACACUGGAAAAGGCUACCGGAGCGAUAUUACAGAACAUUGCUACUCUUCAGAAUGAACAUGGGAAACCUGAUGUCAACAGCUUACUGCAGAAGGCAAAGGAAUGGGCCAAGCCCCACGUGGAAACUGCCAAGACGAAAUGGAUUCCUGUUAUUAAAGAGAAUUGGGCUACAGCAAAGACAAACACGGAACCUUAUGUGCAAAUGGUCCCAGCAAAAUCAGUAGAGGUUUAUCAAGCAUCAAGGGAUGCUAUCUCAGCUCAUGCUCUGAAGGCACAUGAAUUUGCUGAUCCCUAUUUCCAGGAAGCCAAGAAGUUAUCCAAACCUUAUAUUGAUCAAGUUGCUAAGGCCAGUAAACCACAUGUUGAGAAGCUUAAAACCACCCUGAAACCUUACACUGACAAAGCAGGCAGUGCAUAUGAAAAGUUUCUUGGGACAGCUAAUUUAUAUCAACAGCAGAAAGAGCAGGAAAGCGGAGAGGAACCGGUGCAGGGAGUAAAAACUCUUUGAGCAGGUGGCAAAUGAAGUGUUCCGAGGUCCACAUGGUUGGAGAGUUGAUGUUUCCAGGUUUAUGGCUUGAAGUGAUGGAUUAGAUAGAUGUGGGCAACUGAAGUGUAGAUAGUCCUUUUGGCAACAGAAUUAGAUAGUAAAGCUAGCUCUUGUUUUGGGUGUUGUUCUGGUGGUGCAGUAAGUUUCUGCAUUUGGUCGAUGGUGGAAAAUGAUCCCCUGUCCCCUGGGCAUGUCCGGGUGUUGUUUCUUUUGAGGUCCUUUUAACUCUGGGUAGCGUCAGCUUAGCGCCCUUCCCUGCUAGAUAGAACUAGUACUUCCCUGCUAGAUAGAACUAGUUGUUACUUAGUUUUCUUUUCUUUCAGUUCUUGUAGUGAACAACUGUGGUUUCUAUAAUAGAAA